UAAAGUCCAUAAGCGAUCACUUCAUAUCUCUCUGCUUCAGUCUGACCCUGAGCAGCACUCCUGAACUUCCACUGCUGAGAUUCCUCCACACUACCCUGUGGGAUUAUCCUCCUCUUCCUCCUUCUCAUCAUCAUCAUCAUCAUCAUCAUCAUUAUUACUAUUAUUAUUAUUAUUCACGGUUCUGCAUGAUGGAGGUCUCCAUGAAGUGCUGGGUUAUAUGGACUCUCUGCAUCGCUGUGAUCUUAAAAACCUCGGCCUCUGCUGGAGGUGAAAGCUUGGAGAGAGCUGAGGCGAUGUCUGCUGAGGAUACCUUCAAUUAUAACUUCAGCUUCGAGAUCAUGAACCGCAUCUACAACAAUUCUCUCCAGGACCCACAGUCUGAGGACUAUAAGAACAUGUACAAAGAAGUCAGCAGUGCAUUCUACUCUGUGUAUAGCUGCUCCAGCUGCCCUACAUUUGUGGGUUAUCAAGGUACUCAUAUGCAGAAAUUACAACACCAUCACCAACAACCACUACCACGACAACAACCACAACAGCACCAAUUACAACAACUACAAAACCACCACAACAGCAACAACUACCACACCAUCCACAACACCAACCACAACACAAACCACCACACCAUCCACAACACCAACCACAACACCAACUACCACAACAACUACAACACCAACCACAACACCAACUAA